AUGGCUCACUUGUGGUACCACCACUGGUAUCACUCCUGCUUUCCUAAACCUCAGGAGUUAAGGCAAGGCAAGUGCUCCCUGUUGUUUCCUGGGGGUGUGGAGCCAGGAUCCCCAGAGGAGAAGGAAAUCCACGACUUGUUUAAAGAUUAUGAAAUCAAGUAUUGUUAUGUGGACAGAAAUAAAAGAACAGCAUUCGUUACUCUGUUGAAUGGAGAGCAGGCUCAGAGCGCCAUUCGGAAAUUCCACCAGUAUUCCCUGCGUGGAAAAGAGAUAUCUGUGCAGCUCCAACCCACGGAUGCCUUGCUGUGCAUCACUAAUUUGCCCAUUUCAUUCACCUUGGAAGAGUUUGAAGAACUUGUGCGUGCCUAUGGCAACGUGGAGAGGUGUUUCUUGGUGUACAGUGAGGUCACUGGCCAUUCCAAGGGCUAUGGCUUUGUGGAAUACAUGAAGAAGGACUCUGCUGCAAAGGCCAGGCUGGAACUUCUGGGGAAGCAGUUAGAGGAGAGCACUCUGUUUGCACAGUGGAUGGAUGUGAACCAGCUGACCACAAACCUUAUUCACUCCAAGUGCCUUUGUGUAGAUAAAUUACAAAAAGACUGUGCUGACUCAAAAGAACUGAUUCAAGCUUUCUCCCUGAAGUACAAACCUGUGUUCUGCCAGUUUGCCCAGGAUGAGGACGGUGGCACCGGGGACUUUGCCGUGGUCGAGUACGAGAGCGCGGAGCAGGCGGAGAAGGUCCGGGAGCUCACGGAUGGAAUGACCCUCAAAGGGAGGAGAGUCCAGGUGUCCUACUGUGCCCCCGGAGCGCCGGGAAGGAGCACCUUGGCAGCACUUAUAGCAGCCCAGAGGAUGAUGAGGAACAAUAGGAAAGGCUUGCUCCCAGAGCCAAAUCCAGUGCAGAUCAUGAAGAGUUUUAAUAAUCCAGCAAUGUUGCAGAUGCUGCUGCAGCCCCAAUUGCGUGGCCACGCUGUUAAACCUGUUCUUGGAGCAUCUGCAGCUUUACCUCACCUUAUAAAUUCAGCAGUUGGCCCCCCUUUUUUGCAGCUGAACAAAGUUCAUCAGAGCUCAGUUCUGGGGAGCACAUCCAACCUGCUGCUGCAGAGCCCUGCCCACCUGCCACUGCCCCAGCAGCAGCUCCUGAAGAUGGAAAACAUCCAGGCUAACAGUAAACCAGGUUUGCUGGGAGAACCUCCAACAAUGCUCCUCCAGACAGUGCUGGGAAUAGGGAUGAUGCCAGCAGUGAGCUCAGGAAUGGGAACCCGAGGAGAAGCUCUGAAGUCAGCAGCAGGGAUGGGCAUGCUGCCAUUCUUCCCAAAUCAGCACAUUGUUGGACAAGCCAUCCCAGGGCAAAAUAAUGCUCCAGACAAACCCUCUCCGGGCGAAGCCGUUGUGUCGGGAUCACAGCCUUAUCCUCAGCCCUUGACAACCCUUCCUGCUGGAGCUCUGAGGGCUGGACACACCAAACAACAGAACCAGCUCAAAAGCACUGACACAAAUCUGGGGACUCCCUUGAAAAAACAGACUUCACUGCUUGGGGAACCACCAAAAGAAAUUCGUCUGAGCACCAACCCCUACUUGAAUUUGGCAAGUGUGUUGCCUGGGAUGUGCCUGCCAGCAGCAAUUGCCAGCAAAGCCUCCAAUCCACAGCAGCAGACUGGCCUUCCAAACAAUGUGGUGGAUGCUGCUGUGUCUCAGGGAACUGCAUCACAACAUGCAAUGGAGAACUAUUUCAGUUACUCUCAGCAGCCUGGGGAGUACACACAGGUGACUCCAGCCCGGAGUGAGAAGCGCAGCUCCUCGUACCUCAUUUCCUCCCCGGAGCCCGGCCCUGUGGAAUUCCCAGCUCCGGGAUCCACAGUGCGUUACACAGAGUCCUCCCUCAAAAAAAAACGUGUGUAUUGAGCCUGGAACCCUCUCUCCUGCCUGGAGGGGACAAGGCAGGCCUGGACCUCUGCUAUUUAUUGCUGCCUUAACUCCAUACACGUCAUCCUGCUCCCUGGGUGGUUGUGGUGGCCCAGGAGGAGCCCCCUCUGUCACGGCACAUCCAAGGACACGGUACGUAUGUGAGGGAUGGCUGGUCCUUGGUGGUCUCACUUUCCCUUGGGACAAGAGGGGACAGUGUUGGCUUUGUCACCUGCCCCACAGAGCAGCUGAGGGCCAGAGCACAGUGACUUGGGAGCUGUGGCAGCUCCACCAGCUGAAAGCAAUAAAUCCCUGAGGAAGGAAAGCUGAUCCUUUCUCCAGUCCUCAGGCUGAGGAACUUAAAAGAGGAAGUCUUGAUAGUAAUUAUUUUGUAUUUUUUUAACUCAGAAUGUGUGGUUUUUUCCAACCUGACUUUUUCCAGGAUUAAGAGUUCUGCAUUUACAGCCUUGGCAUUUUUAAUAUUUCCUCUCAGUCCUGGAAUGAAGCGAUACCAAAUGUACUCCCAGAGCCUCGGUGAUGUUCUCAAUAAAUGGCUGGUAAAAGGAAGAUGUAAUACUGUGCUGCCUUGGAAUUUUCAGUGGCAUUUGGAUAGGUGACAGUUGGACAGUGGAGUAACCUUUAUCUGCUUUUAGGCUGAGACUCCGCAGCUUUUCCUGGGAGGCAGUGAUUUCCAGUGUGUGGAUGUACCUGUCUAACACACGGGGUGUGGUGAAGCCCCUCCUCCUUCCACAGGUGUGUGGGACAGCUGAGCCAGGUGUGUCCCAGCUCUUCCAGGGCCACCCACAGCCAUUGUUUCCCAGAUUGAGUGUAUUUUCCUUUUUCCCUUCUUUUUUUUUUAAGACUUCUUAUAUUUUUAGCUUAUUAAGAAUUGUUCUUUUCUGUUGUCAGUCUUUAUAGUUAAAGAUUAGCAAUCCAUACUUUUGCAGUCGGUGUUGAGAGGUAAAGGAGGAGCCAGCCCUCAUUCCAAGGAAUCCUUGGAAUCCUUUGCCUUGGAAUCAUGCAGCAAAUCCAUUUGGACUGAGUUCACUGAGGCCACAACCUUCCUUACUCUUCCUAGUUAAUACUGAAGCCAUUUUUCAAUAGUGAUUUUUUUAAAUAAAAAAAAAUGUUUUAAACUUUGCCUUCCAGGCUUUGGGAUGUGAUCAGGAUCCAUAUUUUCAAAGCUUAAAAACAAAAAAUUCCAAUCACAAUCCCUCCUCCCUCAGCUGCUGGGCUCUGGAACUGGCCCACCUUUUGUGCACAAACAGAGAACAGGAGCCUUUCUGGGAUUCUACCUGUAUGUAUUGAUAAAUUCACUUGUAAUAUUUUGUUCCAACUGUUUGUAUAUGCAACUUUCUCAACUUGUUACACUUUUCAAUGAAAAUAAAUUGUUGGUACAUAUUU